AUGGAUCAGUGCAAUCCUGUGCACAACCCAUUGGUUCCUGGUUCAAAACUCGUAAAGGAUGAAGAUGGAGUGAGAAUUGAUAGUACACUAUACAAACAUAUGGUAGGAAGUCUCAUGUAUCUAACUGUCACAUGCCCCGACAUGAUGUUCAUAGUGAGCUUAAUCAGUAGGUACAUGGAACGUUCCACUACAAUUCAUUUGCAAGCAGCAGAAAGGGUGCUAAAGUAUCUGAAGGGAACUAUUAGUCUUGGUUUGUUUUACAAGAAAGGAGGAGAUGAAGAAUUAGUAGGUUACACAGACAGUGAUUAUGUAGGAGAUCAAGAUGAUAGAAGGAGCACUUCGGGGUAUGUGUUCAUGAUGGGUUCUGGAGUAGUGUCUUGGUCUUCAAAGAAACAACCUGUGGUUACUUUAUCUACCAUUGAAGUAGAGUUUAUUUCGGCUGAAUCAAGUGCUUGUCAAGCAAUGUGGUUGAGGAGGAUUCUACAGCAACUUAAACAUGAUCAAUGCAAGGUUAUAGUGGUGUAUUGUGAUAAUGUUUCAGCAAUUAAACUUUCCAAGAAUCCAGUAAUGCAUGGGCAUAGCAAGCAUAUAGAUGUUUGCUUUCAUUUUCUUCGCGAUCUCACCAAGGAAUGA